CGCUGCCGCCGCUGCCGCCGCUCGUUGGGGAGAAGGGGCCGCUCGCUUGUUUGUGUCGCCGCCGCCGCCGCCUGAACACGGGAGCCCGGGGUCGGGGCAGAGCGGGUGGAGGAGCCAGGCCGAGCACUGGGUUGGACGGAGACUCUUGCGUAUGAAUGCACAUUGUUGAACCAAAUCAGCCAACAUGAACAGGAACAAACGUGACAACCUGUUCUACAGUGUGGAGGUUGGGGACUCGACCUUCACUGUCCUCAAACGCUAUCAAAACCUAAAACCUAUUGGUUCUGGCGCACAGGGCAUUGUGUGUGCAGCCUACGAUGCAAUUCUCGACAGGAAUGUGGCGAUCAAGAAGCUCAGCCGGCCAUUUCAAAACCAGACCCAUGCAAAAAGGGCUUACAGAGAAUUAGUUCUAAUGAAAUGUGUCAACCAUAAAAAUAUAAUUGGCCUGCUGAAUGUAUUUACUCCACAAAAAUCCCUUGAAGAAUUUCAAGAUGUUUACAUAGUGAUGGAGCUUAUGGAUGCCAAUCUCUGCCAGGUGAUCCAGAUGGAGCUGGACCAUGAGCGAAUGUCUUACCUACUCUAUCAGAUGCUGUGUGGCAUCAAGCACCUCCAUUCAGCUGGCAUUAUACACCGGGACCUGAAGCCAAGUAACAUAGUAGUGAAAGCAGACUGCACACUGAAGAUCUUAGAUUUUGGACUGGCAAGAACAGCAGGAACUAGUUUCCUGAUGACGCCUUAUGUAGUUACACGAUACUACCGUGCUCCAGAGGUCAUACUAGGAAUGGGAUAUAAAGAAAAUGUUGAUAUCUGGUCAGUUGGGUGCAUCAUGGGAGAAAUGAUCAGAGGUGGUGUGUUGUUCCCUGGUACAGAUCACAUUGAUCAGUGGAACAAAGUGAUUGAGCAAUUAGGAACACCGGCCUCCGAGUUCAUGAAGAAGUUGCAGCCAACAGUUAGGACGUACGUUGAGAACAGGCCCAAGUAUACAGGCUACAGCUUUGAGAAACUCUUCCCUGAUGUUCUCUUUCCUGCAGACUCUGAGCACAACAAGCUGAAAGCAAGUCAAGCCAGAGACUUGUUGUGUAAAAUGCUUGUAAUAGAUGCAUCAAAGAGGAUUUCUGUGGAUGAUGCUCUGCAGCACCCGUACAUUAAUGUCUGGUAUGAUCCUGCGGAAGUAGAAGCUCCUCCACCCAAGAUCUAUGACAAGCAACUGGAUGAGAGGGAUCACACCAUAGAUGAAUGGAAAGAGUUGAUAUAUAAGGAAGUUCUGGAGUGGGAAGAAAGAAUGAAGAAUGGUGUUGUUAGAGGACAGCCACCUUCUUUAGCACAGGUGCAGCAAUGAUCAAUGGUUCACAUCAUCCAUCUUCAUCUUCAUCUGUCAACGAUGUAUCCUCCAUGUCAACAGAUCCAACGCUGGCCUCGGAUACAGACAGCAGCCUAGAGACAUCAACAGGACCUCUGGGCUGUUGCAGAUGACUAGCCUUCCUCUCUCUGGGUUCUAACUGUUCGCGCUGAAUGAUAGAGAGGGUAGACCAGCUUUUAAAAAGCUCUAAUUGCAUUUUAAUUUUAUUGGAAUCGGUUUGCCAUAUAAAUAUGACUUUGAAUUCUGUUGGAUUUUGACACAGUAACUUAAACACAGCAACGUUUAGUGUGGGGCAACAACCCUAAAGCAUGACUUGUACAUUUGUAAAGGACUUGCAUUUAACAUCACUACAUUUAAGUCUGUUUUGGAGGAAGAAGGAACAGAAAAAUACAAAUAAGCUCCGGCCUCCAGUUUGUUGAGGAGCAACUUAGUUAGGCUACGUGUCACUGUCGCAUGAAGUGAUUUCUGCCCUUUGAGUAUUCUGGGUACUUCUCUACUCCACUUGGCUAACUGCUAGUUGUGGACUAGGUCUAUAAGUUACCAUGUUGCCAGUGUCCAUAAUAAAUCCUGGUUGACUGUGGCUUGCCUGCUUACACAUCCAAAGCUAAGCCCGAGUGCGUUUUAAAUUUUGAUUCAGCCAUUUUGAGUCGGGCUACUGUGUACAGAGUUAGGAAUAAUGACACAAUAUCAGUAAGAACAAUCACCUCUCCAUGCACAGGGCAGUGGAGGGGAGCAGAAUUGAGAUGUGAACACGUGGUUUUGAGAAGAUUAGAUAUCACAAGACUGAAUGAGUGUUUUAUUUUAUCGAGUGCCAGCUCUGAAUUCAUUGUAAUACGAUCACAUUGACCCUAAUGAGCUGUUCUUUCUAAUUACAGGUGAUUUGGUUUAAUUCCUUUCUAUUAUUCCAGGAGUUCACAGUGUAGAGUGCCCAGCAAUAAAAAAAAAGUUUCAUUUGUAGCUGGCUUUUCCUAACACAACUUGACAAAAAAAAACUUUGACCAGAAUCCAUGGCGUAGUGUUAUAUUCCAGGCAUUAAGAUCUGUCACGUAUAAAGUGCAUCGUGUCUCCAGAGGUUUUUAAAUAAUGAAUGAACUACCUCACACAAUCAAUGUACGAUUUCAAGGACGUCGAGCUGCCCACUUUCUUACCAGUCAGUACAAUAUGGAACGUAACUUAUUUAAUUUAUUUCUGUUGUUAAAGAAGUCUCUGGUCCAUCCCCGGAAGUUAGCCAAGUUCACAGCUGAAACCGUCGCCUCAGAGAAAAUAUUGUUCUGCCUGUACUUUGUUAGAGAAAUGUUUAAUGUGUUUGUAUAUUUGUUUACUCAUAGUCAACCUGCAAUAAUAUUUGCAAAUUGUGAUACAGAUUUAAUUGUAAAGAUGGAAAUAGCUGUGGUAUGGUAGACCUAUUUUUGAGGAUGGGGAGGGGAUUUGAAGGGGAUGAUGGUGUUUUCUUCCCGUAUAAUGAGAAACACAAUGGUAAUAAGUGCCACGUUGGGUCGCUGAGGGCACCCUGUCUGGGUUAGUCAUUUUAGUGCAUAUAUGUUGAAUGAUGUUCUUGCCUCCCUCCCCAAUAUUUCUGCCCCCCUCCUCCCCACCCCUCUACUAAAUGGGGAUAACCAGCGUGUACUGUUGGCAUGUCUGAAGCAGAGUGGAUAUUAUAUAUUAACUAAUAAAUAAUAUUGGGCGGCUCGAUGGUAGAACGGUAGAGCUACUGCCUUACAGCGCCAGAGACCCGGGUGGGUGCUUGCCUGUACGGAGUUUGUACCUUCUCCCUGUGACCUGCAUGGGUUUACUCCAAGAUCUUCUGUUUCCUCCCACACUCCAAAGACGUACAGGUUUGUAGGUUAAUUGGCUUGGUAUAAAAAUGUAAAAUUGCCCCUAGUGUGUGCGUGUAUGGUAGUGUUAAUGUGCAGGGAUCACUGGUCGGUGCGGACUCGGUGGGCUGAAGGGCCUGUUUCCGCGCUGUAUCUCUAAACUAAACUAAAAUCAAGGUAAUGUUCAUUUUAACGAACCCCAUUCAUCCUGUGAGCUGACAGUGUAUGUACAGUUUCAUAACAAAAUGGAAUGAUUUAUUUCAUUUUAUGAGUGCUCAUGUAAUAAGCGUAGCUUAAUGGGUUCGUGGGAUGUUCAUGGUGGCAGAACGAUCUAACGUGAGCAAUUUCCCAGAGCGUAGGAUAACUUAGUUUCUUAACCUUCUAGUUCAAAACACCUUCUGAAAUAGUAACUCCUUCUGUCAAAGAUUCUCUCAACCACCCUGAACACAGUCAAAGCUUAAUCCUUUUGUGCUGGAAGUGGAUCAUCCUUUAACACUGGUGAUUAAAGGUGGGGAUAAGAUUUAAAUACCUGUCUGCUUAUCCUGAUUACAGUCGGUUAAAACACAAGUUAAAUCAUGUUGAGGGUUUCAUGAAAAUGUUCCGCCCUUCAUAAUUUACUGGCAUAAUUUAAUACAACCCUGAAAUUUGAACCAGGCUGCAAAUUAGAUGCUAACCAGUUUUAUUUUUAACCUAUAGAUUUUUAUAAUUAUGUAAACAUGAAGCUCGAUAUAUCACACUGUUAGGGCAUCAUAGCUGCUCGCUUGGUGCAGUGAAAUUACCCGCUAAAUUGUGGUUCAAAAAGAAGAAAAUCUCCGCACAAACAUAAUAACAGUCGGCAGCUGAAAGUGAAACUGGUUAAAGUUUGUCACCACAUUCAGCUAUCAACAUGAAAAUGGAAGCCAGUCUAUUCACAGAGUCCACCAUCCCGUUCUGAAUUUUGCAGUAUUUUCUGUUUCCGUUCCAGUUUGUUUCAAAUCAAGAGAUCACAAAAUAUACGCUGCAGUGGUUCUGAGUGUUGUGUGUUUUACAUUUAAAUUACUACUUAAAGACAAAAUGUCUUAUCCUGUUCGUCAGUGUUUAUUCUCCUCUCCCCCUCCCUCAGUGAAAAUCACUCUCACCGUUUUCUCAUCAUUUGACUGUGUGUGUGUGUGUGCGCGUGUGAGAUACACAAAUAAUUAUGCUGUCAGUGCCAAAUUUAAAGGGGGCGGAAGAAAUGGUUUAUUUUCACUGUAAUUCAUACACAAAAUUUGUCAUUCAGUCGCAUAUUAUCCUCUCUGGGAAUUAAUUCCUACAGUAAGCUCUUUUUUUUAUACCCACUGUGACCCUCGGUAGUCCCAACAUUUUACGUGAAGCUACACUUUGUGAAUUUGUAUUUCAUGCUUUGUCGAUGCACCAUGAUCUUCCAAUAUGGGAAAAAUAAAUGUUGGAAGUGUAA